AUGGCACCAACAGUCCACCCCUUCCACCCAGCCGACCUAGAAACCCACGUCAAGAAACUGCCCACCGGCAAACUCCGCAAACCAGACAAAUCACAACCUCUUAAGGACUGCGCUUUGAUGGAGAUUAUGCAAUUCGAAUGCCAGGUCAAGGCGCAUAAGAAGCACAAGAUGGGUAUUGUGACGUGUGAACCUAUCCAGAGGGUUUUUAGAAGGUGUAAAGAUGGUCUUACUGUUGAGACUACUGCUUGGGAGACUGAUGUUUGA